AUGGCGACCGCUCUCUGCGGUCUACAGUCAACCGGCAGCAGCAGUAAACCGGUCAAGACACACCGGGAGCACCGGAGGAAAGCGAGGGACUCUAAGCGGAGGCAGGCGGCUUUGUUGUUCCUCAAUAAUAUCUCGCUCGACGGACGGCCCCAGUGUCAGUUUAACGAUGGAAACAACGACCAAAAAGCCGCCGAGGAGCAGCAGCGACCCGGGGAGAGAGACGUUGGAGCGGCGGUGGAGCCCCCACCGGCAGACAGCCAAGCACCGGUCGCCCCGGUGACGGAGCCCUCCGCGGCCUCCAGCGGCUCGUCCUCCAGCUUUCCAGGAGUAGUCAGCCCCACUCCUACCCGACCUUCUUUGGUAAUGUCUCCGGGUCCUGCUGGGGCAAGUGCUGCUGUGGGUGCCAACGAGGUAUUUUUGGAGGGUGUCUGUGCGGCCGAGACGCAGCAGCCCCCCGACACCCCUCUGUCUCCGGUGCCCGCCGCCGGACAGCAACCCUGCGGCCCCCGGGUCAAGUCAGCGCCGUCAACACUGAGCCCGGUGCCGACGGGGAAUACUGUGGAUUCACGGCAGAGGUUGAGGAAUGUCUCCGGCUCCCCUGGACCCAAAGCGCCAAAGAAAGUCCACUUUAUCAAGAGUAUGAGGCAGUAUGAUACCAGGGGAUGUAGGAUCAUGCUGAUUUGUGCCAAGCGGUCGCUAUACGCUACUUUCUCAGUGCUGCCAUAUGGACAGAGUGCUCACCUCAGUGAUCCGAAGCUGGAGCCUCAGAGACAAAGGCUGUCUACUGUGGUGCCUGCAGACCACCUCCCCUGUCUGGAAGGUGUGGAGCUGGCCACGUCCGGUAAAACGGUGUCCUACGCUCAGUUCCUCUACCCGACCAACGCCUUGGUAAGACAAAAGAGCGGCGGCGCACCGGAGAACAGCGUGGCUCAGACCCCUCAGUCGCGUUUCCGUGGCAACGGGCAGAGGAACUUCACCCCUGCUCGUCCUAACAACGCCGCGCCACAGGACCCAUGUGUAGAGGAAGUCGCAGAGUACGAUCCAAACCUACUCAGUGACCCUCAGUGGCCCUGUGGGAGACACAAGAGGGUUCUUAUAUUUGCAUCAUAUGUGACAACUGUUGUUGAGUACGUGAAACCGUCCGACCUGAAGAAGGACAUGAACGAGACCUUCAGAGAGAAGUUUCCUCACAUCAAACUGACACUGAGCAAGAUCAGAAGCCUGAAGAGAGAUAUGCGGGCCGUGAGCGAGGAGUGCGGUCUCCAGCCAGUCACCAUAGCGAUGGCGUUUGUUUACUUUGAGAAACUGGUGCUGCAGGGUCGCCUCAACAAGCAAAACAGGAAGCUGGUGGCGGCUGCUUGCGUGCUGCUGGCUGCAAAGAUCAGCAGCGAUUUGCGGAAGCCAGAAGUCAGACAACUUAUUGAUAAGCUGGAGGAGCGUUUCCGUAUAAACAGUCGGGAGUUGAUUCCCCUGGAGUUCCCGGUGCUGGUUGCCUUGGAGAUGGGACUUUACCUCCCCGAGAGCAAGGUCAUGCCACACUACCGCAGACUGGUGCAGCAGGGUUAGACUGGUGUCGUCCGACUGUCCGCUGGCUCUGUUUUUAUAACAUCGGCCAGUGUGUGUGUGUGUGUGUGUGUGUGUGUGUGUGUGUGUGUAGGAUCGACCAGUUUAUAAGCUGUGGUGUUUAAAUCAAACAAUUCUUGUACUAUUUAUUUUCCGUCAGUCUGAGGUUGAGUCUCUCACUGUAAAAUGAAAAAUAAUUAGUUUACACUCGUUUUUAGACUAGAAAAUGUGUGUGUGUGUCUAUAUGUCUAUCUGAAUGUCUUUGUACGUGUGUGUGGCGUUUCUGGUGUUGAUCCAGUCAUGAGCUCUAUGUUAGAGAUGUCCAAUAAGCACGUUAAUUGUGCUUUCAUUUUUGGUUCCUCGUGACCCCAUUUUUAAAAUUUUAAACUGGUACGUCCUAGUAUUCUUUAACCUCCUAUUUAAAUGAAAUGUACUGUGAUGUUUGUGU